UCCGUAUGAAAACACGGAAGUAUGGAGCAGGAUUAACUCACGAGCUUCAGUCAGCUUUUAUUUUAUAUAAAAAUGUUUAUUUAUUGCUUUAACCUGCUUUAUUAUCAGCUUAUAGAUGACGUACUACUCUCCUAGCACAGUUAUGAGUUAUAUGUUGUGUUUAAAGCGCAGUUAUGUUCUUUAAAUACAGCUAGAGAAGCGACUCUAUGGUGAUAUAUAUAGAGAUAUAUAAAUAUGGGUCAGAGCUGGUUCCGGUCCGGGUUUCUGGUCCGAGCCUCUCACACAGUGCUGACCUGGAUCAUUACUCUCAUUCUGCUCCUGCACAACACAGAUCUGCGGAGGUGUGAGGAGCGAGGAGAUCUGCUGCUUCCGCUGCUCUUCUUCCUGCUGGUGGUGCUGUCGGUGUUUUUAUACUUCGCCGUGUCGUUAAUGGAUCCCGGCUUCGUCCUCAGCGACUCUGUGAAGGCCGUCCAGGGUUCGAGUGAGGAACUGGAGUCCAUGCUUGCUCAGCCUUCGACCCCUCGGCUGCGUCGCUGUGGUUACUGUCUGCUGCAGCAGCCAAUGAGAGCGAAGCACUGCCAGACGUGUAAGCGCUGCGUGCGUCGCUUCGACCAUCACUGCCCCUGGAUCGAGAACUGCGUCGGCGAGAGGAACCACCGCUGGUUCGUGGUCUACCUGCUGGUGCAGCUGCUGACUCUGCUCUGGGCCCUUCACAUCGCUCUGUCAGGUAUCUCUCCGAGCUUGACGUGGGAGCUGUGGUUCCGAUCGAACGGCUUCCUGCUGGCGGCGCUCGGCGUCGUCGGGGUUUUCUCCGUCGUGGUGCUGCUGCUGCUCUGCUGCCACCUCUACCUGGUCUCCAUCAACUGCACCACCUGGGAGUUCAUGUCUCGGCACCGCAUCUCCUACCUGAAGCACUGCGGGAACGAGGAGAACCCGUUCGACCGCGGCGUCUUCUGCAACCUCUGGGACUUCUUCUGCAUCUGCGGCACGGUGAUGUGGGAGAAGGUCUACACCAGAACCGCCUCGGAUCCAGUCUGACCAGGGGUGUCAAACAUGAGGCCCGCGGACCAGAACCGGCCCGCCAAGGAGCCCAAUCCGGCCCACUUUCCUUCCAUCUUUCCAUCCACUCUUUCUUUCUUCCGUUCCUUCCUUCUUUACU